UCGGUAACUACGCGAGCAAGUGUAACUAAUUUAACCACUUAAAAACACAUUUGCUUAUGUUAAUUUACAGUCUUCAUUCCAUCGCCAACACUAACAGUAUCUGCUGACUAAAGUUUGUCCACGAAAAGAAAAAUGAUGUGCAACACCUUAUUGCUCGUCCUCUUCGCACUUUCCGUGCAAAAUAUUCCUGUUUCGAUGGCAGGAGGUGAAAAGGAUGCACAAAAUGUGGACACCACAAAAGAUCAAGCACAGAAUGCGGAAACCACAAAUGAUCAAGCACAGAAUGCGGAAACCACAAAUGAUCAAGCACAGAAUGCGGAAACCACACAAGAUAAAGCAAAAAGUGUGGAUACCCAAAGUGUGGAUACCCCAAAAGAUAAAGCACAAACUGAGGAAACCCCAAAAGAUCCAGCACAAAGUGUGGAAACCCAAAGUGUGGAAACCCCAAAAGUUAAAGCACAAACUGAGGAAACCCCAAAAGAUCAAGCACACCAUGUGGAAACCCCAAGCCUUCAAGGUCAACAGUAUAUCAAAGACACGGAUGACAACCUUAAAAAACUAAAACCAGCCCUUAUUGAGAUUUUAAUCUCAAAGUUCAAAAAUGUAGGACGUGUGGAUGAAGAAGAUAUUAAGAGCACAAUGGAAAACUUCUACCUUUAUGCCGGAUGGGGCUAUUUCAAACGUGCAACGGAAAGUUCUCUGCAUACAAGCGUCAUGACGGCCAAAGGCUGGAAGGAUUGCGAUGACGUGAUAACUGCGAUGGUAGAUGCUACCACCAUCAAGUGGAGUGAUGUGGAAACCAGUUUAAACGGGCACGGUGCUCCCAUGAACGAUCUCAAAGGCAUCCUCGAAAAAACAUCAAGGAAAAAACUUGAAAGUUGUUUCGCCCGUAUGUUUUCUAACAAAUUCUGUGGGAUUCUAAAGGAGAAAAAAGAUGAGGUAAAACCUUAAAAAGCUAAAAAGUGUUUUCUGAGUUAAACAAUAAAAAUAUUGAUCAUACCUUACAA